CCCUUCCCAAGAUGGCAACUGACACGCACCAUCGCACCCCAUCAAGCGAGAUGGACACUAAUUCAUUAUUUGACAAGAUGACCAUUGAAGAGAUACGUGAAACUGAGAAGAAAAUCAGAUUGGACAUUGAGAAGAAGAAGGAGGACCUGCGAGUCAUGGUGGGGGAAAGGUAUCGGGACUUGAUUGAGGCAGCUGACACCAUCAAAGACAUGAAGACCAGUUCGGAGAACGUGACCCAGUCGAUCAGCCACAUGGAGGACAUGUGCAAACAGCUGAAGCAGAACUACAUGGUGCGUGGAGUGUCCUACCACCAGAAGGUCAAGGCCGACAACACCACGGGCAAAAAGAAGCAGGAAGCUGAGUUUUAUGGUGUAGCUGCUCAGAUUAAGCUGUUGCUGGAUAUGCCAGAGAAGAUCUGGAGCAGCAAUGACAGCCGUGACUACUUGACAGCCACCCAGCUGUACCUCCUCGCCCGCCACGUAAACACCAGUCUGCAACUCAACUCCCAGCGUUCGGCCAACAUCCUGUCCUGGUUCCCAGUCCUCACUCGGCAGUGGGCCGCCAUCAGUCACUUCAAAAACACCAUCCUGCAGGGAUGUCGCAGCUCUCUGAAAGACACGGAGGGAUCCUACACAGAUAAGCAAAUAGCAGAGUUCCUCUGUUCCAUCCUUCUGUUGGAAGACAGCACCCCGAGACAAGUCUUCAAUGAGUUCCUUCUUGCUAGAACAAAAGCCCUGCAGCAAGCCCUUCAUGGCAGCCAGCAUGGGAACAUUAAGGACCAGGUGUCCACAGUGGUGCGACUCCUCAUCAACACCGUCCACCAGAUCCACGCUGUCUUCUACAACACGGCCAUUGCAGGGGAGAAGGAAAAAGGAGGCCAGUGUAACCUGCUGUCGGAGAUCCUGGAACAGGUGCUCAACAAGUCCCAGGAAGCAGGGGGCUUGCUGAGUUUGCAGGGAUCCAUAUCGGCCAAAUGUCUGCCAAAAUCUGUCAAAGAUUUCCGUCCUGUGCUUCGAAGUGCAGGGUCCACAAUAUCCUCCCAACACAUCCAGGACAACUGCCAACAGUGGAUCAACACUUGCGUCAAUGACAUCAAGUCUGGGGUGGGAAAACUGCUGGGAUUCGUCAACACAGUGAAGCGACUGGCGGACAUCCGAGACUCACUGUGGGAGCUCCUCUCUCAGGAUGGGGAUGAGAGUCACUGGGAUUUGAUCUGCCGUAGAGUCGUCAACAAAACGCUGCACGUCUGGGGGGACUUCCUGCAGCCGCUGUUUUUGGAUAGGGUUAAGCAACUAAUCCAGUAUCAGCUUGAUACAGCUACAGAACUCACCAAGCGGAAUGUGUCCAAAGUGAUGGUCGAACUCACCCCAGACACCACUGAUAGCUCGCUGCAGCAUGAGACAGACCUGGCCAGCUAUCUGUGGACUGAGUCGAGUGGGGACAUUGCGGCGAGCUCGGUGUGGACUCCUUCCAGCAAGAGUCUGGCUGAUGGGGGGGGUCUUGUCCUCAAGGCCAGAGCCUUCACACCUGCAGUACAAAGUUUAUGUCGGCACCUUGACGACAAGCUGAAGAAUCUCCUGGAGGACAACAGACCGUACCUGCAGGUGGAGCGGGAAGAGGAAGAGGGGGCAGGGUCAGGGGUCAAGAAAACAUCGGACACUCCUGGCCCCUUCGAUAAAUAUGGAGACAGCAUGUUGAUACUGACCUACGUCCAGUCUGCGAGCACCGCUGCUGUCCAGAAUGUAUUGAACUAUCUGACAGAGCAGCUAAAACUGUGGCAGAAAGCAUUUGAAAUUCCUGACCCAACAACAAACUUCAUCACAGAGAACAAAAUUCUCCUGGUUGGAAGGUUGUGUUCAGCGCUGGCAGAGUUGGCCCCCCACCUGCAGCAGUGCAUCCUGGGGCCUGUGGUGUGGCAGAAGUCGGACACAGUCAGGUCUGUGAAGAAGUCCAGCAAGUCUUCCAAACAAACCGAACAUCCCGAGUGGGCGAGUGUCAGAACAAAACUAGACGAGUGUAAGCUCCAGGCCUAUAAAUUCUGGGUAGACCACAUCACGAAGGUGUCUGUGUCUGAGUUUUCUAAAGCCUUACAUGCGGAGGACCUCAGCUCUGUUGUCGAACAUGCUACGAGAUGGGAUGAGGUGGACAUACAGGAGGAGACAGAGGAGGGAAAGAAGCACAGCUCUAAGAUCAUGGUUCCCAUGCAGCCAUCCUGGUAUCUUCACUCACUGUUGUUUGACCUGUGCCAGGAUCUCAACAAAGUUGGGGGCCAAGCACUGUCCAGGUCAGUUGUACAAGACUUGUUACACAAAAUAACUGAUGGGAUCAUCAAUGUUUAUCAAGAGUUUGUAAAGGGAGGUAAGCGGCGAGUGAGAAAGAGUGGUCUCCCUUUGACCCAACAGCAAGCACUUCAGUCCCUUUUCGAUGUCAGAUAUCUGCUUCAGAUUAUACCAAGGAAGGAUGACACAAAGACCAGCAAGACAUUCCAGAAGAAAGCUCAGUCUAUCUGUGAGUCCCUGGAGGAGGUGGUCGACCCCUUCGACUUGGAUGUGUUCUCUCCCUACAUGCAGGUCAACCUGCACAGACAGAGCCAGAGGACCGCAGUGAUAUUUGGUUCCCUGGCUGCCCUGGACAAGCAGAGUAUUCUGUCCACAGGGAGGGCACCUGCUGCUGGUCAACACGAGCAGCACAAUGUCCUGCCUUUGUCCUCCUGUAAUAGCAGAUUCCCACUGCUGCCACUCAGCACCCAGCAGAACAGGUCUUCCAUGCAGAGUUAUGUCCCCUCACAGACCAUCACUAGGGGACUAGACUCAGGAAAUCAGUCGCUGACAUUGGCAGUGGAGGCUGUGUUGCCGAGGUCGUCCUCGCAGACCGAUCUCAGCAGCUCCCUCUAUGACAAACUUGGCAGCAUGGGUUCUCGGUUCUUCUCCAAGCUCCAGGACAAGUGAUCUGGGUAACUGGGCCUGGAGGCUUCGGCAUGGACACUCCGGUAGCAGCAGCAGCAGCAGCAGCAGCAGCAGCAGGGCCUUCACCAGGACCAGCAAGAUGACCAGCAUAUUCACACUAAGACAGAUCUGCUGCUGACCACAACUUCAUUUAUGCCUGUUUAAUGGACAAUUUUUUUGCAUACACCUCAUGUUAGUUAUGUCUGACUGGUGCCACAGGGACUUACCCCGGUACUUGCGGCUGGGAUGGAAACAUCCACUGACCAGAUGUGAAGUCUUUGUGUAUGGGGACACCCACUGUUGUGGUGUUUCAGUGUUUUGUAGACCCAAUAAAGCUGUUAUGAACAUAUUGAUAUGAUAAUGGAUGUACCUUUAUGAAACCAAGUAAAGAUUAAACGGGGAUUAUGUAUCAUGGUCAGGCACCCAUAUUCGUAUCAAUCCAGCUGAAGUAGUAAAUACUGAUACUUUGUCAUUGAUCAAGUACCCAGAUGUACAGCCUCCUCAUCCUCAAGUAUCCAUUUUGUCAUGUCAUCAUUCCUUUGUGGUAAAUACCUUGAACCUUUAGGUUCUUGCGCUGAAACUAUUGGUAUCGAAUUGUGACUGGGCAUGGCCAGGAGAAACCAUUUAGGAUUUGGGUGAUAUAGUACUGAACAAGUCCAGGGCCCUUAUUCCCAAAACGUUCGUAGCCCUAAGAAGUCUUAACUUUGGUCGUAGCCAAUGUGUUAAGAAUGGGCUUAAGAAGUUUGUAGGGCUACGAACGUUUCGAGAAUAGCUAGCCAGGGCCCUUAUUCUCGAAAUGUUAGUAGCCCUAAGAAUUCGUAACUUUGAUGUAACUUUAGCCAAUGUGUUAAGAAUGGGCUUAAGAAGUUCGUAGGGUCAAUGAACGUUUCGAGGAAAGCUAGCCAGGGAGUUCACAUGGAAUGAAAAUAUACUGCCCUGGUUAGACCAGGAUGUUACUUUCCCCUAUGUCAUCCUCAGUCUGACAGGAUAUGAUGCUAUUGGAUGCUGGUUAUGUGUUAUAUAUAUGUAGCAGAGCCUGGGGAUGUCCUCCUUGCCAGCCUCCUGAUGGGGUAUUCUCUUUAGCCAUUUGGACAUGGAUUCUGAUUUCAGAUCCAAAGGUCUGUAGUUCAAAUCCCUGGGUCUGGAAAAUGUUAAAGCAUUUACAUUACUAAUACAAAACCUUUCACUUCUUCAUGAUACAAAUUGUCAUCAAACACAGACAUAGGAAAUAUACCAUUUUAUUACCUACGAUGGUGAAAAUAUCAGGGUUCAUAUUUUUCAUUCGAAGCCCCAGGGGAAAAUAUCACUUCGUCAUGGUGACAUGACAUC